AUGGAGAGCCCCUUGGACCAAACGACACUGUCCACCAUCUCGCUCCUCGAAUCACGACUACUACGCGUCGAGCACCUCCUCUACGGCUCUUCGACGCCUCCCACACAGCACGACUCGGCGCUACGGCAGCUGACGCAUCUAGAAAAGCGCUUCUCAACGCUAACCUCGCGGAUCCGCGUCUACGGCGACCUCCUGAAGAUCUGUACGUCCUUUGCGAACCCCCCGUCGCUCGCCCCAACUCUCCCCCCCGCCGAGGCCGAGGCGGCGGAGCUGCGGGGGCGCAGCGAGGCGGCGCUGCGCGCGUGGUACGAGGCCGGCCUGCUGCCCGCGUCGGAGGCGACGGCCAGGAUCGAGGCGCGCGUCGGAGGCGUGGAGAGGCGGGUGCGUCGCAAGGAGCGCGAGCGCGAGCUGGAGAAGGAGCUUUGA